UGACAGCAGCACUGUGCACAGUCAGUGUUGCUAUGUGCUCCGGUUCCUCCUCUCCCGGGGACGCGCUGGGGGUUCCGAUGACGUCACGGCCUGAGCUCUCCCCUCUCUCUCUCUCUCUCUCUCUCUCUCCCUGUCUCUGUGUCUCUCUCUUCCUCCUGUAACUUCUGUUCUGGGAAGCGGUGCCAGGAAUAACCCUGCUGUCUGUCUGCAGAGGACAGGAGGCUCGCUCAUCUGCAGGCCCCUUGUACCCACACACACCACGAAGAGUCUCCAGCCCUCCCCCUCGCCUGGCUCUCAAUAGCUUAUUUUUACUUAUGCAUUGCCAGCAAAAUAUCUAUAUUUCUGCGAAGACAGCCACAGUGGCAGGAGGAAUCCUUCCUAGAAGAGCAUUAUUAUCAGCACUGAGGGAGACAAUCUGAACAUGCAGCCUGUGAGCGAGAUGCAGCAGAUAGCAGGGCUGCAAGCCGCAGAGGACAAAUCACGAUCAGACUGAUGAUAAGAUCUCUGCCAGGGAUUCCUGCUGGAGAGGUCUCCGGAGGACUGUACAGGUGAUCAUCUGCUGAAUAACGCCAGCGAUCAGGGAGAGAGCUGCAUGUCUGCACCGCGCUCUCAUGCUCUACAGGAUCCCUGCUCGCAGCAUGUUCUACCUGCCUCCUGCACCUGCCCCUACAGAUCUCCUCCAGCUGCCUGUGCAUUUCAUGGAAAUAUAAAGGACACAGCCCUCAGACAUCACGGUUGGUUGUUCCAGUGACAUGACCUGCAAGAUUAGUUGUCUUCUUAGACAUCCUGAGACAGAAGAAUACCGUAACUAAACCUAUGACUUUGUACCGUGAAGGAAAAACAAAGAGAACAAUAUUUAUCUUCUAAGAAACCACCUUCCUCAGAACUGAUAUCAGACAACUUCAGCACAGCCAUGUGUAUGAAAUUCCCGAUGGAAACAGGUUAUACAUCUACAUUGUCAACGCCUAGAACUGCACUUUAGUAGCUCAGCAGAACUACCUGGAGUUUUCAUAUCUUGCUCAGCAUUUAUCAAGAAUCAUCAAGGCCAUUCUUGAGAAACUUAUGGUCAUGCAUGACCCUGUCAUUUAAUACAUAUAUACUACUACAUGGGAACGUUUAUACAGACACAAAGUAGCUGACUUGAAAAGAACUUUGGGAAAAAUGGGAGUGACACUGAUUUAAUAAGCAAAGUCAGCCACGCUCCAUGUGUCUGUAUAGCAUUAAAGUAAGCUAACACUGAAGACCAAGUGAAUCAAAAUGGACUCUGGAGACACUGUAUUAGGGCAAGAAUCUACCUCAAGGUGUGGAGAAUCUGACAAAGUAUCAGGCAGAUGGAGGCAAGAGAAUCCAGCCAUUGUUACAAUGAGCACUUUUCAAGAAGGAGAAAGGCAGCCGCAGGUUAAUCCUGAGCAAAAUACAAACCCAGCAUCAGGACAGCAUUACAGCUCUUUGAAAGCAGGAUCACAAAGUGAAACUACCCCGCAAAUGCCAGAAAAGCAAUAUACACAGAAGCGUUCUGGCUCCUAUACUCACCGGCACUCACUUUCUUUUCCCCAACACACUCUUCAUCCACAGAGGUUAGUGCACAGCAUGAAGCCUCACCAGAGUCUUGAAGGGCAAGCCUACCCUUAUCAUAGUCACAUGACUGUUCCUUCAGAAGACUUAUUCUUUCGAAUGCAUGGACACAGUGCUACAUUCUCCAGGAAGAAAUUUUCAGCUCUUGCAUCUUCAUACAGCCAAUAUUCACAGAAAUCUAUUGAACAUACAGAAGACACCUACAAAAAGGAGCAAAAGCCCAAAAAACCUGGCAAGUAUAUAUGUCCGUAUUGUACACGGGCUUGUGCCAAACCAAGCGUGCUGAAGAAACAUAUAAGAUCUCACACAGGAGAGCGUCCAUACCCAUGUGUACCCUGUGGUUUCUCCUUCAAAACAAAAAGCAACUUAUAUAAGCACAGGAAGUCACAUGCACACGCCAUUAAAGCUGGGUUAGUUCCUUUUACAGACUCUUCUGUUUCCAAGCUAGAUUUAGAGGCAUCCUGCAUUGACGUAGAAACGGAAAUACAUUCUGAUGGGGAACAGAGCACAGACACUGAUGAAGAGACAUUGUUAUUAGUUGAAGACUCUGAAAAAUUGAGCCCCAUUUCACAAAUUCCAGUGGAUAUUGGUGUUAGGUGUGGGGAAUAUUUAGAUCCAGCUUUCCAUACUUCAGAAGAAUCUUUAGGAGGCCCAAUAAAAGUGCCAAUUCUGAUAGUCCCAAAAAGCGGCAUUCACCUACCAAGUGAAAGCUCUCAUUAUGUGGCAUCUGAUUUAAUGCACAGCCCAUCAAUAAGUGGAAAAAGUGAUGAACCACAUACUGCCAGGCAAAAACUUGCACUAAAACUUUCAGAGAAGAAAGGGCAUGACUCAGAGAAGUCCUUAAAUCUUUUGAGCCCACACAGUAAAGGAAGCACAGAUUCUGGUUACUUUUCACGUUCAGAAAGUGCAGAGCAAAAUAUAAGCCCUCCAAAUACCAAUGCAACCUCUUAUGAAGAAAUAAUUUUUGGUAAAUACUGUAGACUGAGCCCCAGAUCUUCACUACAAAGUCAAGAAGCCAAUAUAUCAAUUGUCAAUGCCAGUAUGAUUGAGGAACACAUCUCACAGUUCAUGACAAAGAGGGAAGGAUUUUUAGAUCAUAGCAAGUUAAAAAGUAUAAAGACAAGAUUAUCUGGCAUCCAUUCAUCUGAAUUGCAAAAAACUCACCUUAUUGCAGAAUCUGCUGAAAGUGACUCUAAAGUAUAUCCAGAAAUGCAGCAUGGCCAAACAGCAGUACUUAUAGACGCUUCCGGGGAUACAUCACCACUUAUAAGAAGCAACUCAAUGCCAACAUCUUCAGGAGCAAGUUUAAGCAUCCCUCCAUCUAUAAGAGGAAGUCACUCAUUUGAUGAAUGUAUGACCGGUUCUGAUGAUGUAUUUUAUCCAGGUACAACAGGUAUUCCUCAUCAACGACUGCUUAGGAGGCAAGGUGCUUUUGAGUUACCACUGGUCUUAGAGGGUCACUCUGAUCUUGAUGCAUAUACGAGGAUGUCCAAAAAUGCAGCUGCUGCGUACUGCAGGAAAACAAUUCAUGAGACAUCUUUUUCUUCAAAAGAAAAGAAAAUAUCUUCAGUGUAUGACUACCAUGUCUCAGGAAUGCAUCCUAAAAGGUGGGAUGAACAUGAACCUCACAUACAGGGACAUAGAGAUAGGCAGUAUAUAGGUGGCAUGAAACCAGGAGCUGAAUAUUUUAUAGAUGUUACAGCCCCUUCGCCCCCUCGGUUUGGAACAAUGAUUGAAAACAGAAAGCGCAGGAAAGAGAAGAGUGUUGGAGAUGAGGAAGAUGUUUCUAUGCCGUGUAGUGCAAUGAGCAGCUCAGCAGGCAGUCCUGUCAUCUUGGACUUUGAUUCAAAAUCUCAGAGUCAAGAAUCUCCCAGGGUUGGAUUUUCUAUUGGGGGACAAGAGUAUGUGUACAGUGGGCCACUAGAUCGUUUUGACAUUUGUAGAUCGCAUCAACAAAUGGACAGUCCUGUACCUGUAUUAGAUGAAUCCUCUUCAGACACAGAUAAAUUAACAGACAUAAUCAAUAGGAAGCCUCCUGGUAAUGUCAUAUCAGUAAUUCAACACACUAAUUCUUUGAGUAGACCUAACUCUUUUGAAAGGUCUGAGUCAACAGAACUUCUAACUGGUCAACCAGAUAAAGCAUGCUCACCCUCUGAGACUUGUGACAGUGGGAAUACAAUGUCUUCAAUGAGUCCAGACUGGACUCAGACACCAGAUAUUAUUGAGUCUACUGGCAGACCUUCUGCAUCUCAGCACUCCCAACAGUCUACAUAUCAUAUGCCACCCAAAUUGGUUCGCCAACACAAUAUCACGGUACCUGAGAUUCGUGUUACAGAGGAACCAGACAAACCUGAGAAAGAGCCAGAAAUUCCUGUUAAAGAGCCUGAAAAGCCACCAGAAGAAUUUCAAUGGCCCCAAAGAAGUGAAACUCUUUCGCAACUUCCUGCAGAAAAAUUGCCUCCAAAAAAGAAACGUCUUCGUUUGGCUGAUAUGGAGAAUUCAUCUGGAGAAUCCAGCUUUGAGUCAACAGGUACAAGUCUCUCUCGUAGCCCAAGUCAGGAGAGUAAUUUGUCACACAGCUCAAGCUUUUCAAUGUCUUUUGAAAGAGAAGAAAUCAUGAAAUCUAUAGUACCCACUAAGCAGGAUGAAAUUGGAAGGCCACCAGAGUUCUUAACUGUUCCUCCUGGAGCUUAUUCCCUUUCUGUACCUAGCCAACACCAUCAGAAAGAAAUGAGACGCUCUUCUUCUGAGCAAAUACCAUGUCCUAACCUAACUGAAAUACCUGAAAUUCGAAGUAAGUCUUUUGACUAUGGAAACCUUACUCAUGCUUCAGUCCCAGGUGCCAUCACUACAACUUUGUCUCCAGCCCGUGAACGGAAAAAAUGCUUUCUCGUUCGUCAAGCUUCUUUUAGUGGUUUCCCUGAAAAUUCCCAGACAGAGCAAGAACUUGGAAAUCAAGAACAAUCUGAUCAAGUAUAUAACAGUCGCAGGUCAUCACAGAUUGCUUGGCAGCAUUCUCCUUCAUCUUCAAUGUCAGGUUCCACAAAUCUUCCCGAUGAAGCUGGAAAUGUAGCCGUUGGCACUUCUGCACAACCUACAUGUACCUCAUCUCAUUAUUCACAACAGUCCUAUACUAGCCACGAUGCAUUAAGAAAUCCUGUAGGACAUCAGUCCUCUUAUAUCCCCAAGAGACAUUUGCCAGAACAGCAGCAUUCAUUUCCACAUCCCGAGCAAAUUUUAUAUCCACCAGUUCACAACACAUUUCAUUUACCUUACACAUCUGUAUGCAUGGCCCAAAUGCCAGCUCAUCAUCCUCUUCUGUGGCCAUCUUGCAUAGAUCCUUUACAAAGACAUUUCCAGCAUCAUUUGCAAAAUACGUAUUUUAAGCCAUCUACCAGCUCUGAAUUGCACUCCUCCUAUUACCUUGAUACUGCUGAAGAUCCUAGUGCAUGCAAACCUCUUAAUUAUUUGCAUAAUGUGGAAAAAGGCUAUCAGCCAUACUUAGAGACAUCAUCUUCAUCGUCUAAGAAAUCGAAAAAUCUUCUUUCAAAACUACAGAGAGAUCACAGUGGUGGGUCAAGUGACUCCUCUUCUGACCAGCAAUUAUCUAUCUCACCAAGCGUUGGCUCUCUUCAAGCUUUGGCAGGACCUGUAGUUCCAGUUAGAAUUCAGACACAUGUGCCAUCAUAUGGAAGUGUUAUGUACACUAGCAUUUCACAAAUUCUUGUUACACACUCACAAACCCAUAGCCCUUCCAUAGUCAUUUGCAAAGUGGAUGGAAGUACAUCACAAAGGAUAAUGGCAACAAAUGCAUCUAUGAGAGGUUUGGGAUUCAACAUUGCUCAUAUGCUAGGACCUUGUGGUGAUCUGGAACAAUAUCCUCUAUGGAAAGUGCCACGUACAUUGCCACUGGAUUUAGACUCUGCAAUCCCAUUAUGUUUGGUGUCCACCUCAGACAGUGCAUCACCUUUUGGAGGAGGCAAACGUGUGCUUUCCCCUGCGAGUAGUUUAGAACUUUUUAUGGAAACAAAGCAGCAAAAAAGAGUGAAGGAGGAAAAGAUGUAUGGACAAAUAGUUAAAGAACUAAGUGCAGUAGAACUUACUAAUUCUGAUAUAAAAAAGGAUUUGUCAAGAACCUCAAAGCCUCAGUUGGUGAGACAAGGUCGCACCACAGAGCAAAAGGACGUUCUUACUUCUGUCACACAAACUUUAUCACCUUCAUUGUCUAAUUCACCACUCAGCACAUCAUCUUGUGUAGAAACAUCAUUGGCUGAGAGUAAGUCCAGUGAUGCUCCAGAGGGGCGAAUGUCACCUGAUGAAUUUUAUAAUGAAGAUACUGCUUCAGAUAUGAGCUUAAGCCCGCAGAGGACAUCAAGUGAAAUUCUUGAUGAUGAGCCACUUCCAGGCAAAAUUCUGUCUGUUGGAAUUCUAAUGCAGAUGUCAGAGAGAUCCUGUGCAGAUGAAGGGGCUUCAAGGAUAUUAAUAAAAGAUCGAUCAGAAAUUCAACUGGUCCCUCAGUUUCCAAGUCUACGAACUACUACCACUGUUAGCUGGUGUUUCCUCAAUUAUGCCAAACCCAGCCACACAGAGCAGGAAUCAUUAAAGUCAUCUGUUUAUGCUGCAUGGUGCAUUAGCUCUGGCAAUCCCAACCCCGCAGGACUCAGCACAAGAACAUCAUUAGCACUUCUGAAAUCCAAGCAAAAGAAUGCACUAGAAAUCUACACUAUGGCUGCUAUGCAUAGAUCUGGGGCUGGCAAACUAACUUCUUCAAGUGUGUGGAAACUGCAGUUUGCAAAGAUGAAACCUGAACCAUCCCUCCUGGUUAGCAGUAAACUUGAAAAGAAGACUGCUGGAAGCAGCAAAGAGAGGACAAAGGGAGAAAGUCAUGGAGAGAAAGACAUUUCAACUAAACAAACAGAACCAAUACGGAUUAAAAUAUUUGAAGGAGGUUUUAAAUCCAAUGAAGACUAUGUUUAUGUGAGAGGACGAGGUCGUGGAAAGUAUAUAUGUGAAGAAUGUGGUAUACGCUGUAAGAAGCCUAGCAUGCUGAAGAAGCAUAUCCGCACCCACACGGAUGUACGGCCCUAUGUGUGCAAACUGUGCAACUUUGCCUUUAAAACAAAAGGAAACCUGACAAAACAUAUGAAAUCUAAAGCCCACAUGAAAAAGUGCCUGGAGCUUGGAGUAGCAAUGACAUCUGUAGAUGAUGCAGAAGCCGAAGAAUCAGGAAAUAUUGACGAUGCGCACAAAGAAUCAGAGAAGAGCAGCAUAGCUAUUGAUCACCAGUUUUCAGAUGCUGAGGAAACAGAUGGGGAUGAUGGAGAUGAUAAUGAUGAGGAUGAUGAUGAGGAGGAAGAUUUUGAUGACAACCAGGGUGAUACAACCCCAAAAACUAGAUCAAGAAGCACUAGCCCUCAGCCACCCAGAUUCUCAACACUGUCUGUAACUGCUGCUUCUGCAUCUCACAGGGCAUCUCCUGAGGGUUCCAUGGGGCACUCUUCCUUGAUGAGCUACUUAUCCACCAUGCCCAGUAUUCAAGUUACACAUCUCGUGGCUCCAAGUGUUAUGUGUGGAGACUCCAAAAGGCUAGACUAUCAAAAACUUUUUCUUAACAGUCUGGAACAUGACAGAGAUAAAAUGGAUGUACCUGGCAGCAUGGAUGAUGACUUUAUGCUUACUUCUGAACCUAGUUCAUCGCCCAGAGACUUCUCAUCUUGUAGUCGCCAUUCCUCUCCAGGAUACGAUUCUUCUCCAUGCAGAGAUAAUUCACCAAAGAGGUACUUGUCACUGAGGGGAGACUUGUCUCCCAGAAGGCACUUAUCACCACGAAGAGAUGCUUCACCAAUGAGGCACCUGUCACCGAGGAAAGAAGCUGCAUUAAGGAGAGAGUUGUCACCUCGGAGAGAUGUAUCACCAAGACGUCAUCUCUCACCACUAAGGCCAAUGUCACCAGGGAAGGAUAUAACUACUGGGAGAGAUCUUUCUCCGAGACGAGAGAGAAGAUAUAUGGCAACCUUUAGAGCACUUUCUCCGAGAAGACGUUUACACCAUAACCCAAGUUUGCCAAUGAGUCAUUAUUUGCACUCAGACUCAGGAUUACUUGGUCAUGGAAGUUCACGAAAGAACUGGCCACAGUUCCCAUAUGUAGGCCCUCCUUCAGAAGAUUUUCCUGGACACCAAAGCCUUGGCCAAGCCCCUGAUGGCCACAAAGACUAUGUUUUCAGUCAUCUGCCAUUGCACUCACAGCAGCAGACACGAGCACCUUUACCUAUGAUCCCAAUUGGUGGGAUUCAAAUUAUUAAUUCAAAUACUGCAAUCCAGCCCAGUCACUCUACAACCACUCCUGUGCACCCGAGCAGCUCAGAUGAAAAGACAAUUCCAUCUGUAGAGUCAUGUAUCCCACUGCACCUUAAAAAACAUUCUGAUUUCCCUCUUGGAGAUCCUUUACCUGGAGGUAUCCCAACUCUCUUACCUUCACCAGGGCAAAGCCCAUCGGAUGAAAGCUCCAAGCCUACUGAGAGAGAGGAGGAAAAUAUACGUACUUGCACAAAAGCCAUUGCUUGCCUGAGGAUCGCAGCAGAGGAAGGUCUAUUGCUGAAGCAGGACCAACUGUCUCGUCCUCCUGAGCCCAAUCAAAAAACAUUAGAAAGUGCACAGUUUGGCAUUAGGCACUUUAGUGGACUUGAGGCGGGCAUGUCACUUGCAUGUGCCUCACCCACCCAUGUUGACUUGCACAGAGAAAAAGACAGUUUUGGUACAUCACAGUCUACACUAGCUCAUUCCAAAUUCUAUAGUAAGAGCAUGGACAUGACAAAGCUAGGAUUCCAUGGCAGGAAAGAAGAGUCAACAAGCACACAGGAAAUAAAGGACUCAUCUACUGAAUCCAGUAACCUUCAUUGAUUUGAAUGGGCAUGUAGACUAUGUUAUAAAAUAACUUUCUUUUCUUGUAGAAAACACAUUCAUAGCAUGUAUGAUGUACUUAAUGAAAAUUUGUUCUUGAAAGUACUUUUAUUCUAUGUAAACAGAUAAAUAUAUAUAUAUAAAUAUAUAUAUAUAAACUUGUAUAUAUCUAUACAAAUAAGUCAUCAUGAGCCUGACCAAAAUGAAACUUUAAACUCUUGUAAUGGGUCUGGUACUUUUAAUUGUACAGAUGUUUGUGCCUUUUCUUUACUUUGCUUAUAUUCUUAUAAGCAUUUUUAGCAGUACCCUGUAUAUAUUUUAGAAUUUGUGUAUCUGCUUUGUAAUAAAUGUAAUUUCAUUCUUUUUUGGACACUUGGGUCUAAUGUAAAAAGUAAAAAAUAGCAUCAAUAUAUAUGUGAGGUUGCACUAAAACAUAUUUUUAUAAGAUUGAAACUCAACAGCUUUUAUGUACAGCUCCAAUCCUGUAAUACUAAUAUUUAUUUACUUUGUUUCAUAAAUUGUACAUUUUUUUCUUAAUGUUGUGAAUCACUUUUUCUAUGUGAAGCAUGGGGUUUACUGUUGCGUAAUUAGAACAAAAGAAAAAAUGUUUAGUGUAAACGAGAUAUUUAACUGAAAUAUCAUCUUAUUAUGCACUUAUGCAUUGGUUAAACAAUAACAAAAAAAAUGACAGAUGUAUCAGUCAGUUCUUUAUUCUUGUAAUAUUUUCGUCCCUUUUUGCUGAAUUGACUAUAACUUAAGUGCUGAUUGUGAUUUUAAAAUGAUAGUAAUGUAAAGCAUUAAAAGUACAACCAUGUGCUUAUUGUGAGGUUUUAUUUCUCCCCAAACUGUAUGACACAGUAUGAAUAUACCACAAGUAUAUGGUCUUAUGUGAACAUUGCUCAGUAUACUCCAAUCAUACAUAUGGGAAACAUUCCACCCCGUGUACAAGUGCAUCACUGGUACAGUUAUGUGUAAUUCUCAGUUGGAAACGUCACCAAAUGAAUAUACUGGAGUGUCUUUAUACAAAAGGUGACAAGGCACAUCCGACUGUGUGGAACUGGGUUUUUGUGCUAUUUAGUGGAUUAUAAUUCUGUGAAACCAAGUUUGUAUAUUGAAUUACAAAUCAUUAAGGAGUGUUCUUUAAGAAAAGAAAUAAAUAUACAGUUACAUGCAUAAACGGU